AUGUUUCGUUCGAUCCCGCGACGACUCCCGCGGCAGCUACCCCUUGCAACUGCGCCGAAACGCCUCGUCUUGCGCUCCUUCACGUGCGGUUACCCUCGGAUGUCAUCACCGCCCGCCGUCCACCCGCCCGUGUCCACGACACUGCCCUCCGACGCAUACCAGCUGCUGUCUACAGCAGACAAGGCCGGGCCUGCGGAGGAUGCCUUGUAUGAGCAGCAGGUGCGCGAUGUGGAAGCUUGGUGGAGCUCGCCUCGCUACGAGGGAAUUAAGCGGCCUUACUCUGCCGAGGAUGUCGUGAGCAAGCGCGGCUCGCUGCAGCAGACGUAUCCUAGCUCGCUCAUGGCGCGGAAACUGUUCAAUUUGUUGAAUGAGCGGGCGGCAGCUGGAGAGCCGGUGCAUACAAUGGGAGCCAUUGACCCCGUCCAGAUGACCCAGCAAGCUCCGAACCAGGAGAUUCUCUAUAUUUCCGGCUGGGCAUGCUCGUCACUAUUGACCACCACCAACGAAGUCUCCCCGGAUUUCGGAGACUACCCUUAUAACACAGUGCCGAACCAGGUGCAGCGCCUGUUCAAGGCGCAGCAGAUGCACGACCGGAAGCAGUGGGAUGUGCGACGAAAGUUGACUCCCGAGCAGCGCAAGGACACCCCUUACGUGGACUAUAUGCGCCCGAUCGUUGCGGAUGGUGAUACCGGACACGGUGGUCUCUCAGCAGUCCUGAAGCUGGCCAAGCUCUUCGCUGAGAAUGGUGCCGCGGCUGUACACUUCGAAGACCAGCUUCACGGCGGCAAGAAGUGCGGCCAUUUGGCUGGUAAGGUGCUUGUUCCCAUGGGCGAGCACAUUAACCGCCUAGUGGCUGCGCGCUUCCAGUGGGAUUUGAUGGGCUGCGAGAACCUGGUCAUUGCUCGUACCGACUCUGAGAGUGGCAAGCUGAUCAGCAGUGCCAUUGAUGUGCGUGACCACGAGUUCAUCCUAGGUGUUGCGGAAGAGGUGGAGCCUUUGGCCGAGACUCUGCAGGCAAUGGAGCGCGAAGGCGCGUCUCCUGCUGAGAUUGACGCUUUUGAAGUGAACUGGGUGAAGGAGCACAAGCUAGUCACCUUCGAUGAGGCUGUGGAUGCCCACCUUGCAGCUGAAGGUGCCUCCCAGUCCGCCCGUGAUGCCUACAAGUCUCACGUUGAGAAGAACCCCGAUCUCUCCAUCUCCCGCCGUCGUGUCUUGGCCAACGACUACACCAAGUCGUCCGUCGCCUGGUCGUGCGACAGCCCCCGUACCCGUGAAGGAUACUACCACUACCGCGCCGGCUUCCCCGCAGCGACCAAGCGCGCCAAGGAGUUUGCCCCCUACGCCGAUCUGCUCUGGGUCGAGACCGGCGAUCCCAACGUCGAGAAGGCCGCUAGUCUCGCCGGCAAGGUGCGCGCCGCGUUCCCAGGCAAGAAGCUGGUGUACAACCUGAGCCCGUCAUUCAACUGGAUGGGCCAGGGCUUCGACGAAGCCUCACUCAAAUCGUUCAUUUGGGAUCUUGCCAAGCACGGAUUCGUCCUGCAACUCAUCUCCCUGGCCGGUCUUCACACCAACGCCACCAUCACAACGGAACUCUCGCGCGCCUUCAAGGAUGAGGGCAUGCUUGCUUACGUGCGCUUGGUCCAGUCCCGGGAGAAGGAGAUGGGCGUCGAGGUCCUCACUCACCAGAAGUGGAGUGGUGCUCCCUACAUUGAUGGUAUCCUGGGUGCUAUCCAGAGUGGAAGCAGCAGCAGCAAGAGUAUGGGUGAGGGUAACACAGAGAAAGGUUUCUAA